AUGAAGCUCAAAGUGAUUUUUAUGUUUGGAAUACUUCUGCUGGGACCAGAUGGAAGGGCAUCUGGCACAAACUCUGUGGGAGGCUCAGCAGCGCCCUCUGUGGUGACGGUGAAAGAGGGCGACUCGGUGGACAUCCCGUGCAAAGUCCAGGAAGCCGGUACGACCGUGGUCUGGUUCCGAGUCCCGGACGGCGGUAACGUGGAGUACAUCGCGUCUGUGACCACCGUGAACCCGAAGGUGAAGAAGGAAGGUCUCCAGUUCAGUUCCUUCAGCACUAACAAGAUCUCCACAAACACCCUGGUCCUCAAGUCCUUCAAAGGAGACUCUGACGCCGGAGUCUACUCCUGCGCGUCUCAGAGGCAAGACAUGAAGUUUGGACCCGUCACGCGCCUCCAGCCAGAGAAAACAGCAGGAGGCGCCACCACCGUGAAGACCACAACCACCACAGAGAGACCACAGAACAAGAGCAUCACCACCUGCAACUGCCCCACGCACACAGAGUCUGGAGACUCGACGCAGAUGCAGUGCUCCCUCAUGAUCCUGGCGCCCCUCGCUGGAGGAUGUGGGUUACUACUACUAACACUAGUGUGUACUAUCCUGUACUGCAACAGUGUUCGUACUCGCAGAUGUCCUCAUCAUUACAAGAGAAAGCCUCGUUCGUCUCCGGGGAAACCGCUCAUGACCAACACUCGAGCUUAAAACGAAAUUCUGCCAAGAAAAUAUUCGACUUCCUCAGAAACAGGAAACGGACGCGCUUCAGUCUGCAGAUCCUUCACUCUUAUUUGAAACAGAAAUUUCUUAAAUAUUUUCAGAAUUUGAAAUUGCACAUUUAGAAAUGCAAGAAAACUAAAAAUGGGAAAUAUCAAAACUCCAAAAUUAUUAUUAUUACUAUAUAUAUGUGUGUGUGUGUGUCUGUGUGUGUG